UUUUUUAAAUUUCUCUCUUUCUUUCCUAUUUUUCCCUAACCAAACAUAUAAUCAUGGUCCAAGAUCUUCUUAUAACGCGAAGAGCAACCUAACCUAGUAGUCAAAGAAAUCCCCAAUCAACUGAGAGACAGCUAUGAAGUCCCAAAUGAAGAAAAAAAGAGUGACUCCCAUUCCCAACACUCCUUGCAACGUGGCGGAAGGUUCCUGCAGGGGUCACCUUUGCAUCAAGCCUUGUUGUUUCUUCUGCAGCAUGAGAGAACCAGACGCAUCUCUCAGAAGGGCUGGAAUAGCGACCUGCUUCAGAGAAAUGCCUCAAGCUCAGGGAGAGAAUCAUCAUGAACACGUGUUGGUGCUGAGUGGACUAUGGCACAUCGCAAUGAGCCAACCCAACGACUCAGAGUUCCCAUCCCUCGGCAUAUUCAAGUGCAUGGCAAGUCUAAUCCACAAAGGCAUAAACGACAGACACUGGCUUCUCACAAAUCAAAACAUAUACAUACCCUAUUACGCUGCUCACAUCAUUGGCUCUUACACAAUGAACAAGGAGGAGUUUGCACAAAAAGCCGUGCAAUCAGGUGUGAUACCCCCAUUAUUGGACUUGCUUAGUGGGAAAAUCAGUUGGGUUGAGCAAAGAGUUGCUGUUAGAGCACUUGGUCACUUGGCCAGUUACAAAAGCACUUUCGAAUCAGUAGCACAGCACGAACAAGAAGUGGUGAAACUGGCCUUGAAAUUGGCUUCAACUUGUUUACAAGUGGUCUAUGUUGACUUCGUAGCUUUGAAGGAAAACAAAAGGCUCGAGUACCACAGAAACUUGAUGACCAGAGGGGUUGGGGAUUUGGAGAUGGAGAAUCGCAAGGCAGAGGAAUGGGCUAGCCAGCUUCAGUGUUGGUCUCUUUACCUUCUGAAUUGCUUUGCUUGCAAAGAUAGGUCUUUGGAUCUCAUUUGCAAAAAAGUGUUUCUCAAGGACUUAUGUGAUAUGUGGGGUGGGUUGAUAAGUCACACGUCACCAGCAGGGGUUGGACUGAUAAGAAUCUUGUGUUAUAGCAAAGUAGGAAGGAAAAACAUUGCUGAAUUACCAAAAGUUGUGAACACUCUAGGCAACCUUUCAAGAUCUUCAGAUGAUUGGCAGUAUAUAGGUAUCGAUUGUCUUCUUCUGCUUCUCAAGGACCCAGAUACGAGGUACAAAGUUCUUGAUGUUGCUGCUUCUUACCUUGUUGAUUUGAUUGAACUUAGAAGCCUUGGGGAUAAAUCCAACGUGGGUGAGACCAUCUCAAAGGUUCUCCUGAAUUUGAAACCUAACAGAGAAAAAGUUGGAGCAGCAUUAUUGCAAGAGGUGGUGGAUAGGAGGAACAAGGAGAAGCUGCUCUCGGAGGAAAAGUUAGAGGAAACAAGGGUUUUGGUGAGUUUGAUAAAGCAGCAAGCGAACCACAUGUUCAGGUUGGGAGAGGUUGAAGAGGCAUUGUUGAAAUACUCUGAAGCGCUCGGUGUUUGUCCCUUGAGGUUUAGAAAAGAGAGAAUGGUGAUAUAUAGUAACAAAGCGCAGUGUCAUAUUCUUCUUAAGAACGCAGAUUCUGCGAUCAGUGACUCAACGCGUGCUCUUUGCCUGUCCAACCCAGCAAACACUCACAGGAAAAGCCUUUGGAGGAGGUCACAGGCAUAUGAUAUGAAAGGAAUGGCGAAAGAGAGCCUCAUGGACUGCAUAAUGUUCAUUAACAUGACCAUGCGUGUGAAGAUUCCUUACCACGCAGCGCGCAUGAUCUCCAAACACAUGGAGGCCACGUGGCUCUUUGCCACUGCUCGCUCGAAGGUGGAAAAAACAACGCAAGAAUUGAACCAAGUUGGCGGGGAUAAUGAGAACGGUGGCAACCAUGAAGAGCAACCGCGUGAUCAUAAGGCGAAGAUGAUGAUGAUGGAAAACAGAUACAACAAUCUCUUACACGGUCUGUCAACCAUUAUUGAAGAACCUUUUCACGCAAAAGAAGCUGGUAGGAGAAAGAUGGAAAGGGCGAGAAGGAGAUUCAACAAAGGUGUUGUGGCUGGACCAACGUAAGUCAAAUUAAAUGGCUAGCUUGUUAGAUGCGGAGGAAGAGAAUCUUGUGCCACCUAGCUAGCUCCCAGAUAACUUUCGUCACUGCCCACUAGGUUAGACAUAUACAUAUAAAUACUUUAUCAGUGGCAGGUAAUUAGAAAUCCAACUAACAAGGCUCUCUAAACUAUUUUGCAUAUUCAAAGUGGUAAAUGAUGCAUGAUGGAAUAGCCAAUUAUAAAAGAAUGGCGUGACCGAUAUAACCCAGCAUCAGGCAGGGAAAUGGAGAGGACCACAUCUCCAUUUUUAAUAUAAUACUAUAUUGUAACUCAUUGCUCGAAUUAAAAAUACCCAACAACAAUAUUAGUACCACACAGACCAAAGCAUUCCCAGUGUUGAUCAGAAGUUCGUAACUUCGUAUAUGAAUUGCAAAAAUUUAAUGGA